AUGAUUCUCUUUUUCUCCCCUCCUUCAGAUAUCAACCUUGCCAACGAGCCCAAACCUCACAGAUCGAAGACAGCCAAGCGAGCUGCAGGAGACAUGUACAGUCCAUCUAUUGAUCUGGAGUAUGACUUUCAAAGAGAUUACUAUGAUCGGAUGUACUCCUAUCAGCCCCGGGUACCUCCCCUCCCUCCUCCCCCUCUGUCUCGAGCCGUCGUCCCCUCGAAGCGCCUGCGGGUCAGUCUAAGCGGAGGGGGCAGCCAACGGACCAAAACCAGCUUCUCCUCCUCAAAGAACAGCCAGAGGACGUCCAGGAACGCAGUGAAGAGCGACGACCUGCAGGCCAUAAAGAGAGAGCUGACGCAGAUCAAACACAAGGUGGACUACCUGCUGGAGAGCCUGGAGCGCAUGGAGAAGGACCACGGCAAGAAGUCAGAAAUGAAGAGGAAGAGACUCGAGGGUCACGACUACAGUGGGGAGGAGGAGGAAGAAGAGGAGGAGGGUGAGGAGGAAGAGGAGGAGGAGGAGGAGAAGGAGGAGGAGGGUGAGGGGGAGGGGGAGGAGGAGGAAGAGGAGGAGGAAGAGGAGGUAGAGGAAGAGGAGGAGGAGGGAAGGGGGGAGGAGGAGGAGGGGGAGGAGGAA